AUGUCUACCCCAGACGAAGCUGUCCCGCAGCCCGCCGAAGUCAUGACAAUCGCCACCCCCAUCAACCUCAUCCUCCUCUCCCUCUUCGUCAUCCUCGUCUACCUCCAACUCCGUCCCAAAGCCCCCGUCAGCCUCCCCAAGGGUCCUCCCCCCGUCGUCUUCCGCACCUUCACCCCAACCACUCUCCUCCCCUUCAACGGCGAGAAUGACGCUCCCGUCUACCUCGCUGUCCGUGGUCGUGUCUUCGACGUGACUCCCGGCAGGAACUUUUACGGACCGGGCGGUCCCUACGAGAAUUUCGCCGGUCGCGACGCAUCCCGCGGUCUGGCAUGCCAGAGCUUCGACGAGGAAAUGCUCACCAAGGAUCUGAAGGGUCCGUUGGAUGAUCUGAAGGAUUUGGAUAACGAGCAGUUGGAGAAUUUGCAGUCGUGGGAGGAGCGCUUCUCUGAGAAGUAUUUGGUUGUUGGGAAGUUGGUGGCCGAGGGAGAUCCGGAGGCUAAGAAUGCUUGA